AGACUGUGCCUGAGGCUCUGACAGCUGCUAAGAAGCCAGCCAGCAAAAAAGGAAAGAAGCAGGAAGGAGGUGGUCCUGUGGUAGAAGAUGAGCAGCACCAGUACAAGAUCCAACUGCCUGACUCAGCCAGUAGUGAAGAGUGUACUGGUGUAUCGCAAUGGGGACCCUUUCUUUGCUGGACGCAGGGUGGUCAUCCAUGAAAAAAAGGUGUCCAGUUUUGAUGUCUUUCUGAAGGAGGUGACAGGUGGGGUUCAGGCCCCCUUUGGAGCUGUCCGAAACAUCUAUACCCCUCGGGCAGGCCACCGAAUUCGGAAGCUAGACCAGAUUCAGAGUGGGGGGAACUACGUGGCAGGGGGCCUGGAAGCCUUCAAGAAACUCAACUAUCUGGACAUUGGAGAACCAAAGAAAAGAUCAAUGGAAGUUGUUAAUUCAGAGGUAAAACCUGUAAUCCACAGUAGGAUCAACGUUUCAGCCCGCUUUAAGAAACCACUUCAGGAGCCCUGUACUAUCUUCUUGAUUGCUAAUGGAGACCUUAUAAGUCCAGCAUCACGCCUCUUCAUCCCUAGAAAAGCUUUGAGUCAGUGGGAUCUUGUACUUGAAAUGGUCACAGAGAAAAUAACUUUACGGAGUGGAGCUGUGCAUAGACUUUAUACUUUAGAAGGAAAACUUGUCCAAAGUGGGUCAGAGUUGGAGAAUGGACAGUUUUAUGUAGCGGUUGGCAGAGACAAGUUUAAAAGAUUGCCUUACAGUGAUUUGCUUUUUGAUAAAUCAACAAUGAGAAGACCUUAUGGUCAGAAAACCUCUUCACUGCCUCCAAUUGUUGGAUCCAGAAAAUCUAAAGGAAGUGUAAAUGACCGUCAAUCUAAGUCAACUAUCGGUUCCAGUGACAACUCCUCCCCUCUGCCUGCUAAGAGAAGGGGAAAGAAGGAAGAAGUUUUGAAUUCAGAAAAACCUGGUAAAGCGAAACGAAGCACAAAUCCAAAGACUCCACCCUCUGUAUUAAUGCCACCAAACAAUGAUAAGAAAACAGACCUGAGCAGUAGAAUUACCUGGCUAAAAAGGAAUGAAGGCAUUUUCAAAGCCGGAACAGAGAGAUCUGAAAUGGAGGGGGCUGCAGAAGUACAAGAAGAUGAAGACACUCAAGUUGAGAUUCCAGUCGAUCAGAGACCAGCAGAAAUAAUAUAUGAGGAAGAAGGUGGAGGGAAAGAAAAUGAGGAUAUUGAAGAAGAGAAGGAAGAAGAGAAGGAAAAUUUGUCAGGAAUAAAUGGUGAUCCUGAAGACAAAGAAGCGGAAGCAAGUCCUAAACAAGGGAAUGUUGAUCCCCCUAGAGUAAAUGGUGGCACAAAUGAAGAAAAUGGUGAGGAAUUGGAUGAGGUUAACAAUGAUGAGCAUCAUCAAGAGCAAAAUGAAGAGAUAACAUUAGCAAAAGGUGAUGGUGAUGGUGAUGGUCCGAAGGAGGAUGAAUCAGAUCCUCAAAGACCACCAAGGCCUGAAGUUAAAAUCACUAGUCCACAGGAAAAUGAUAACAAUGAACAAAACAAGGAGUAUGCUGCUGUGGCAUAGAUGCUUAAAAAUGUGGAUUAUAAGAAAAAUUAAGGAUUUCAUAUGAUACUUGAAUUUUAAACACUGUUAUUUGUGGUAGUUACACAUAAUGUGGCAAUAUGGAUGAAAAAUUCCAAAAUUAUAAUGAAGAAUGGAAAAAAUAAUCAUAUUAAUAUCUAUUUCCCCACCUGGUGUUUGUUUUUUUUAAACCAUCUAAAAGAGUUAAAUAUAAGAAAUUCGAAUGAGCUUCUCUUGGAAGAAAACUGACUCUUUCUUCUUCCUCUGUAAUAGGGUACUAAUCAUAUUUGAAUAUGUUUUAAUGUGCCCUGACUUUAGAUUUUUAGUAGUAAGAUUGUUAAGUGACAGAAUAUUUUUAAAAGUCUUUUAAAAGGCACAGAAUAUUUUGUGAAUUUUAAUGGAAAAAUGUAUGUAAUAUUCCUUAGGAUAAUAAACUUUAGAAAGUGUGAAUUGCAAUUCAUUUUUAGAUGUGUAAUUUCAAGAUGUCAUUAAAAUCAAGUAUUCUUUCUAGAUGCUUACAUUUCCUUUUUCCUUCUUCAGCCAAACUUUCAUUACCUUUCUGUUAUACCAAGCUAAGAUGUUUAUUUUACAAGUAGGAGUCCUUACUUAUCAGAGUGUUAUAAGUGUCAUAUCAUAUCACGAGGCCUCACUCUUAAAUCCUUUUCAGGUAUUAAAGUCUUGUAGGCUAGAUGGUACCUAGCAUAAAAGCUAGAAGGAUUUGGAAUUAAGGAAGGAAAUCAAUUUUUUUUUUAAAAGUCAGCCAUCUACAUUAUUUUCAACAUCAUUUGGUCUGCGGAAAUUUUAUUCAUCUUGUAGAAUUUUUAUUCUGCCAGCCCUUAUCAAUC